AUGAGUGCAACAUCAACUUCUAUUACUGAUAUGCCAUUCCCAUCAGUUACCAUUUGUAAUAUCAAUAAAGCUCGUUAUAGUAUCGCAAAUCAAUUUGUGAGUGGUUCAAGUCAAAGUGCUUGGCUACAAAAUAUCUGCAUGGAUGAGUAUGCAAAUAGUACGGUGAAAAAUGAUGACGUGCCAUUGAGGGAAUGGGAAAAAAUGGGAGAAUGGGAUUCAUUUAAACAAUAUUUAUUGAACAUUUCGCAGCCAUGUAGUGCCAUGCUGUUGAUGUGCCGUUAUGCAUUGGAUACAUUCAACUGUAUGGACAUUUUCGAUACAAAUCUAAGCGACGAAGGAAUUUGUUGCACAUUCAAUAAGGCCGAACCAAAAUUUCUCUUCAAAAAUCCAACAAACGCUUCGAGCAAUUUCGAUGAUGAUGCUCAUUCUGAAGAAUUCGGUACACCGAUUGAUUGGACGCCAGAAGUGGGCUAUCCUGUGAAUUCAGAGCUAAAACAAAAAUCUUCACCCAGACCCGCAGCAGAAUUUUGUCACGCAAUACUAGGACCUGGCUCACACUUGGGACUGUAUGUCAUACUUGAUAGUGAAACGUCGGACUACUAUUGUAGUUCAACAAACAGUGCAGGUUUCAAAAUUCUACUACACAAUCCAACUGAAACUCCGCGCAUCAGCGACUUUGGGCUAUUAGUUGCACCAGGCCGUGAAUCACGCAUUACGAUCAGGCCAAAAAUACAAACGGCAUCCCAUCGCAUACGACGUAUUCCAAUAGAAAGCAGACAGUGCAUUUUUGCGAACGAAGCAAAUCUCAGCUAUUUUCGCACAUAUUCUCGUAAAAAUUGCGAGAUGGAAUGUUUUUCUCGCUUUGUCGAACAGGUGUGCGGUUGUGUUCAAUACUUCAUGCCGAUGAUUACUCAAAACACAAAAGUCUGUAAUCGAGCCGAAAGUAAAUGUUACAAUUCCGUGCGAUUGUCUCUUGAACGCGGAGACAAUGCAAAAUAUACAUGUGCAUGCUUGCCGGGUUGUGAUGAAUUGAGUUUUACGGGUGAAAUAUCAAGUGCAACACUGACAAAGACCAAUUUUCAAUUGGAAAACCAUCUUCAGAAUUUUACCGACGAAGUCAUAAGGCGGGACGUAGCAAUUGUUCAAGUAUUUUAUGCAGAAAGUUUUUUUCGAAGCUACGUUAAAGAUGAGCUUAUUGGCGUUACAGAGUUUCUAUGUUGA